UCACCACCACCACCACAACAAGCCCUACAAAUCUCUCUGAGCUUUAUUUUGAGGUUAAGAUGAACGUUUCCAUAACAGGAGACUGUGACCCAGAGCAGAUUCUUUCCACCUGGCUCAACUCUAGUCUACCUGGUGACACGAUGACAGUGCUUGACCUCCAGCUGCUUCUCCCCAAAGCUCCAAGCUAUCAUCCUGACCGGCAGUCGAACCUCACUACCACUGAUGGAGUGCACAUAUACAGAGUGGCAAGAGAGAGCUGUAUUUUCCAAGUUCAGGUUAUGAUGUCGCCGUCAGACACACAGAAAAUAGAGGAGCAGAUACGACACCUACUGCUACUGCCUUAUAACAACGCCUCCAUCACUAUAGCGACCGAGGACAUAAAGAUAAGCCGCAUCUUGAUAUUAAAGUGCAAUGCGGAAACCUGCCAGACGAGGAAAGGCCUGUUUGAGUGGCCCGCCACUUCAGGAGGAAAAAAUGCAACACGGCCGUGCCCGAAAAAUCCUCGCCGAUAUGCCACUCGACACUGUAAGCUGUGCCUUAGCACCCACUGGAUGGUCCCAGACCUGGAGGACUGUCCGCCAGUGGUGGAAACCAUCCCUGAUCUGGACCAUAUCAAAGUCACUGCUGACAAUGCACUGGACGUGGUGGAGAUGAUUGCGGGUUUACUAAGGAACCAGUCCACACUCCUCUACCAAGAGCUGGUCACAGUCCUCAACAAGCUGGAGGACAUUCUUAAGCUCAGUGUGGUCACACCAGACCUGGGCCAAGCUCUAAUCAACAUCAUCUCUGACAUACUGGAGUCUGACAGCAACCUGUUGCCUUUUACUAACAUUAUCCUAAACAUAACAGAGGCGGUGGGAGACAGGAUGGUGGGCUACGAGGGCUUCUCCAACCUGGUUGCCUCGGCCAUUGCUAUCUCAGUGGUGGAUGUAGUUCCUGGACAGUUUGGCAGUUUGACUUUCGGUGUGUCAUCUUAUCGCGCUGGCACAAAACCUGAGAUUUUUAUCAACAAGCAUCCCUUCAAUGGCACAGUGGCUUUCAUCUCCCUGCCGUCUGUCCUGCAACACAGUUUCCCACAAAACAGCCUGAACCAGAGCCUGCCAAGAGUCCAGUUUCAGUUCUAUGGCAUACCGAUGCUCUUCAAGAGCAGCGAAAAGGGUCAGACCCUCAACACCUUUGUGGUGUCGGCCAGUGUGACCAACGCCAGCUCUCAAAUCAAAGACCUUGAUGAAGACGUCAAAGUCACACUCCACCAUCUUAUACCCAAUACACUUCACAGGGACGUACAGUGUGUGUACUGGAACUUCAACAAAAACAACGGACAGGGAGGCUGGGAUGACUUCGGCUGCAGAAAAUACAACAGCAGCUCUGACUACACAACGUGCCUGUGUGAUCAUCUCACAAACUUUGGAGUUCUUCUGGAUAUCUCUAGGACUCAGGUGGACCCGGCUAAUGAGCAGAUCCUGACCAUUAUCACCUUUGUUGGUUGUGGAGUCUCAUCACUGUUCCUAGGAAUCACCGUUCUCACUUACACAGUUUUCGAGAAGCUUCGUCGGGACUACCCCUCUCAGAUUCUCAUCAACCUCUCCCUGGCCCUGCUGGGCUUGAACCUGGCGUUCCUGGUCAACUCCUGGUUGUCCUCCUGGGGUCUGUACGCCCUGUGUGUCGCUGCAGCCUCCACACUGCACUACUUCGUCCUGGCCUCAUUCACCUGGAUGGGAUUAGAGGCCGUUAACAUGUACUUCGCCCUCGUCAAAGUCUUUAACGUCUAUGUGCCCUCAUAUAUCCUCAAGUUCUGUGCUCUGGGAUGGGGGCUUCCUCUGAUGAUCUGCAUCCUGGUGCUCAUCACGAACAGAGGGGCCUACGGCAGUCACCUCUACACACUUGCUCAGCCUAGCUUAGAGUCACUAGACAACUCUGACAACUUCUGUUGGCUGCAAGACAAUGUGACAUUUUAUGUGUCUGUGGUUGGCUACGCCGCGUUCGUCUUUCUCUUCAACAUUGCGGUUUUUGUGGUGGUUUUGAUCCAGAUUCGCCACAUGCGAGUCAACAGCCCGGCUGGAACCCACAGUGGACUGAUGCAUGACCUGAAGGGAGUUGUCAGUCUAACCUUGUUACUUGGACUAACAUGGACUGUUGGCUUCUUUACCUGGGGGCCAGCCAGAGUGGUUCUGCUGUACCUGUUCUCUGGACUCAACACCUUGCAAGGGCUUUUCAUCUUCUUCUUCCACUGCCUGAUGAAGGAGAAUGUCAGGAAACAGUGGAGGAUCCACCUCUGCUUCGGACGCUUUCGACUUGAGGAGUACUCUGGUACGACAGCCACACACAGUAUGAUCCAACUGAUGCCACGUCAUCAAUUAACGCUUAAAUUUACUAAAUCAACAGUGAAAUCCUACACGGGAUCACUUUGCUAA